AGCGAGAGAGAAAAUCACAACACAGGCAGAUAGACAGCAACAGACACGAAGCGGGGAUUUGAGAUAGGACCAAAUAGACUGAAGAGGGAGUUGGCGAUUGAGAAAGUGAGAGAGAUAGGGUCAAUACACCGGGCGAAACGGGGACAUAUUGAUUUGAUGAAUAUUGCGUCAAAAUCGAUUAGAAUAGCUCUCUGUGUUCCCUGAGUGACGGGAAGAGAGAUAACACACGCACGCACACACACCGUCCGGAGUCCGAAAAUGGAGGGCAUGGCAUAUGGAGCUGGGAAGGCUGGAGGUGCUUUCAACCCUAUAACGUUCUUCCAGCAGCCACACACCAUCCUCCGGAUCCUCUCUUGGUUUUUCUCUAUUGUGAUCUUUGGUUCUAUAGCCAACGAGGGUUACGUGAACCGACCGGACGAGGCCCAGGAGUUCUGUAUUUUCAACAGGAACCAGAAUGCGUGUAACUAUGGACUGUUCAUGGGAACCUUGGCCUUUCUCUGCUGUCUGGUCUUCCUGGCCCUGGAUGUCUACUUCCCACAGAUCAGCUCCGUCAAGGACCGCAAGAAGGCUGUACUGGCAGACGUAGGGGUUUCAGCAUUCUGGUCCUUCAUGUGGUUCGUGGGGUUCUGUUUCCUGACCAACCAAUGGCAGGUGGCGAAGCAGGAGGACAACCCCCUGAGGGAGGGAGGGGAUGCCGCUCGUGCUGCUAUCACCUUCGCCUUCUUCUCCAUAUUCACCUGGGCGGCCCAGUCCUUCUUCGGCUAUCAGAGGUACCAGCUGGGGGCAGACUCUGCUCUCUUCUCCCAGGACUACAUAGACCCCAGCCUGGAUGCUGGGGCGGCCGGGGACCCCUACACCUCCUUCACGGCCGGGGGGGACGAUCUGGGACAAGGAGCCCCUGUGGGGGGGUCCUCCUAUCAGGGGAUGAACGGCGAGGGGGGGGGGGGGGUACCAGGAGUACUGAGGGAGGACAGUGGGGAUGAAAGGAGGAUGGGGGAGUAG